UAGUCAAACAAACAUAUACCGCCCAUCCCCUCGUACAUCCAUUUCGGUGGAGCAACAUUAGCCAUCAUGUCCAAUCCUCGCCGGACUGGUGCUUUGACUCCUUUGGAUACCAAUGUUCGCGAUGGCCUGAAACUUAAGAGCAGCCCCUCCCUCCGGAAAGGAGCUACCUUUCAAUCUCUUGCCACUCCUCCGUCUAGCCCUCCCUCACUUCCUCGUCGGUCUCAAACCAACCUGGAUGAUGUUGUUGGUGCUCAUCUACGCCGCGCGGCUCUAAAUAUCGGCAAAUUCGAAGACAGACUCGCAGCUAUUGAUGACGAACGUUCUCUGGACCUUAAAAUAUUCCGUGACGACAGUCUUCCUGUUCCUCGUGGGUUCUUGAAUCACACUGUUAUGGUAGACAAGAUGGCGAUGGAAUCUUCGGAUAGUGAGCGGCGGGUGUUGCGCCCUCGCAUGCGUCGUUCAUCCAACCAUCAUGAAUCCGAUAGUGGUUUGGGAUCGUCGAUUGUAUCUUCUGUGCAAAAGCGUAAGGUUGGUGCUUCAGCUAUCACACGGUCUGUCAACACCUCUAGGGCCGAGCGCUUGCCACGUCUGAGCAGUCGUGCUAUCAACCGUAUCCAUGAGCAUACCUUAAAACCUCUACUUGCAAAAUCUGAGCUUAAGGACUUCCAUCCCAUUGUCCUUGAUUGCCCUAGAAGAAUCCAGGAGAAUCAAAUUGUUUGUCUUAGGGAUCUUGAAAAGACUCUUAUCUUUAUGGCACCGGUGAGUCAGCUUCUGAAAGAUAGUGGAGUUUGGGGAGUUACUUAUCGUUUGUUGUGUUUAAAGGAGAGGACCAAAUCUGCCAAACUGUACCUCGACUUUUGCACCACCUCAAUCCGAUGCAUUCAAGCUACCGUCGAAUAUUUGAGCGACCGAGAACAAACGCGGCCUCACGAUCGACCCUACAACAGCGGCUAUUUCAUUGACCUGAUUGAACAGAUUCGCCAGCACGCACAACAGAUCCGAGAAACUCGAGAGAGAUUGGCUUCAGGAGAGGAGCCUUCUGAAAUGGAUGUUGACCCGUAUGUGUUACAACGUAACCCUAUCAACUGCUCAAAUACUGAACAACCAUACAGCUCUGAACAACUCAAACUCGUUGGUGGUAUUGCCACUACUGGCCGUCCAGCUGAGAUCGUUCGUGUAAAGAAGAACGGCAAAGCAGUUUCCAUCAGAACUGGUGAAAUAGUGGAAGAUAUGGAAGAACCGACGGAACCAGUUAGAUUCAAGCGCUCCAUGAGCCAGCAGGCCGAGGAUGAAGACGAGAUCAUGCGUUCCAUGGCACGGCGAAAGAAGAACCCAUCGCCUGAGGAAUUAGCCCCCAAGAAGUGUACCCAUCCUGGCUGCAGCAAGGAGUUCAAGCGAGCAUGUGAUCUUACAAAACACGAAAAGACUCAUUCCCGCCCAUGGAAGUGUCCGAUCCCAACCUGCAAGUAUCACGAGUAUGGCUGGCCAACGGAAAAGGAGAUGGCUCGUCACGUCAAUGACAAACACUCGGCUGCUCCCGAGAUGUUUGAGUGUCAAUUCAAACCUUGCCCUUAUAAAUCCAAACGUGAAUCCAACUGCAAGCAGCAUAUGGAGAAAGCCCACGGCUGGACAUAUAAACGGUCCAAAGCCCCAAAGACGAUGGGCAGCAAAGCCGGUAGUUCGAAGCCUACACCUUUGUUGAACAACCUGCCUACUCCAAGCAGUGACCACACGGAUCCGAUUCUCACACCACCGGAGGAUACUUACCUCCCGACUUUUGAGGACAACCAAGAUCUUUUCCCCACGUACCCGAGCACUGAGGAGUUCAAUGCUGCGUUUAUGGACAAUCAGCCCUUUGAGUCUGAUAUCUCGCUUGAUUUCUCUCCUAUCGAGAGCGGCACUCCUUCAACCGAUGCGGGUCAGUUCAAUACCUAUGAAGAACUCAGCCCCGAUGUUACUGCACAGUUCGAGGACAUCUAUGGCGCUCACGUACGGUUGCCUACACCCACAUAUUCCGUGUACAACAAGACAAUCCCUGAAGCGUUCACCAACUUCAACACAACAAUGUGUCCGCCAGUUCCUGAACCCCAUUUCUCACCAUCUGGACAUGGCAACACUAUGCUGUACACACCCAUCUCGAUGGUGGAUAUUGACGAAGGAUUUGAUGAUUUUAACCCGGCUGGCAACGUCCAUUUUGGUGGCGACUUCACUCUGUUCCCAUCAAACGAUAUGGGAAAAUCGUCGGACUUUGAUCCCACGCCUUUUGGUACCGUCCCACCGAGUAUGACCGCUGGUUACACUCAGCCACAGUGUCAAGACUUCAAUAUUGAUUUUAAUAUGGAUUGGACGUCUGCAGACAUGCAAGGGUUUCCAAACCAUUAAAGUCACGGACAUUUCUGUUGAGUGAGCAACAAGGAAGAAAACAACCAAAAAAAGCCCCUUUGCUUUGAGCUAGCUCAAUUCACCACUCUAUAUGGGUAAACGCUCUUUUACGACGUUAUGACGAUGAAUGAACAGAGAAGGAUACGGAAGCUGAUCCUCGGAUUGUUCAUGUUAGCAAGAGAAGUGGCCAAGAUUGCCGUUUAGGUAGAAAACACGCCUCUGAUUACUGUACACACUUGUUGUUUCCAUAGCACUUUGAUUUCCACACGCAUCAAAUAGCGUUAUUAGUUAGAAACAUGGGUGGCGGGCCAGCCUAUUGGAGGCACCAGACAGUAAUGGUGGUUGUAUCACAUUCAGAUUACGUUUUUGAGAUGGUGGCUACUUUUGUUAAAUACAAAGAAUCAUCCACCUAA